AUGCGCGCACGCGAGCUCGUCGUCCAGCACAGCCGUGAGCUAAGGCGGCUAGCUGCGCCGCUCUGCCGCGCGUAUAUGCUGUGAGAGCCGAUGCUGGAUCACUCGCGGGCGUGCAUUCGCGAUCUGUGGUACAGUCACAGUGCGUCAUUCACGCAAGAGUGAUAUAAAUCACCAAUGAAGAAUCAUCACAAUCUGAAUCGAAAUUCUUGAAUUGGGGCGCAGGAGGAGGAGGAGGAGCAACUGUGACGCCAGACCUCACAAGAGCGAUCACGUGCUCGAUUCGAGUUUGCGAGUUCUCGUGCGAGUGGCGCGCCCACCGCUAGCGGAGAUCAUCAGCAACAGCUUUUUCUCGCGUGCGUUCGGGAUGCGCAUUUCGCCAAAAAGUCAAAACAGUCUCCAGCGUGCUGCGUCCAUGCCAUUCGCCUCCAUGCCACACCAAUCGUCUCACCUUCAUUCGUCCUCCGCUCGCUCUCGCUCUCGGCGACCCACCAGUCUCUGUAUUCUGGCAUAGCUCUGCAAACUCCGCAACGAGUUCCCUUUCUUUCAUCUUCACACGCCUCAGCAACGCGGAUCGAGCCCCUUCACCUCAGAUCAGAAAGCGGAGCUUCGAACGUCUGGUGAGCAGGCAGCGAGUACGAGGCCCCAAAAUGAUGACAAACCCAAAACUUAGAUGACGAGUAUGAAGGUCUUGCCCGAUGUAAUGCAAGAGGCAAGCAGAAUCCCGUGUCGCUUUCAGCGCGGGGAGGAUGUUCUUGUGGGCGGACCCAAUGCUUCCAAAACCGGCUACCAUCCUGACACCUCGGCGUGCACCGGGUGCUGCUAUCGCACUGCACUGCCUAGCUCUUUCUACGUGUGAACACCAUGCUGAUGCAUGCUCUGUCCCAUCUUUCAGGCACAUAGACACAUGGCGCCCCAUCAAGAGUACGACCCCGAGUCGGACAGCGAUAGCGAUGCCGGCUCAGUAGAGAGCAGCACUGAUGUGCUCCUGGGGUUGUCAGAUGGACCAGUCGAGGGCGAUGACAGCAGCAACCCCCUGGUUAGCAGGAUAGGCGGCUCGCCGGUAAGUGUCAGACCUGUGCCCCGACUCAAUCCGAGGGCGAGCGCUUAGCAGUAGACCACAAACCAUUAUCGCACUCCUCAGGCCUGGCUUCCUGCUCGUGCCAGACCACCUGUCAGCGUGGCCACAUGCGAGUUAUGCUCUCGAGCGAUGGAGCUGCUAGUGCAGAUAUUCGCCCCACUCGAUGGCUCAGCAUACGACCGGGUUCUAUAUGUCUGGGGAUGUGCACGAGGCGCUUGCCAACGCCAACCAAAGCCAAGGUAAGUCGAUCAUUCGCGCGUAGUGAUCCUGGUGCGCAGAACGCCUUGCAGGCUGGACAAAGGAUUAGAACCGAAUCUCUUCACUUGACGGGUGCCGCUUCGCGCUUCGGCAAGGAGCGUCCCAAGGAAAAGAAAACAUAUUCACAAACCGAGCUUUUUAACCAUGAUGUCUCAGCUGUCAGCUCACUCUCAAUUUUGAAUGAGUCUCCGCAAAAUAUACUGACACCAAAAUCCCGUGUUGGUGCUCUAGCGUUCGCGCAGUGCGCUUGCUGCAGUUCAACGCGCGAUGGGCGGCCAAGCUGGCGAAAAGAAAAGCCAGGGAAGAAGCAGCUGCAGAACGGCGAACGGCUCGGGAGGCGGCGAAGAAAGCGCGGGUUGAACAGGAUAAGAAAGCCAGGCAGACCAACCCCUUCUCAGCAGCAGCUUCAUUGAGCGGCACAAAUGCACCAGGUGGCCUGGGCGACGCGCUUUUUGGCGCUCCUGCCACAGCAAAGCCAGCGGCCUCACAGAGUGAUGCUACAGCCCCUGCAGACGAUGUCGGUGCUGAGAGUGCAGACGAGACUUCCAAUUCAGACUCGGAAGACGAUGAAGCUUCACGCCUCGCGGAAGAACUUGCCGUCAAAGCCUCGCUCGAUGAAUUUUCCAAGGAGAACGACUGGGCCAGUACAUCCUCACAUUAUAGUCCGCCACUCUACCUCAACACCAUUCCCGAACCAUCGGCGUCAGCUCGGAGCGCUGCACUUUUGAAAAUGACUCCCGGAGCCAAGGCUGCGCUGGAACGUGGGAAAGAGACUGUCCCAAACGGUGACGACAAGGAAAUACAAGAGUGGGAGGCAGAGACGUAUUCUCGAAUGGAGGUAAAUGGCGUCGACGAAGCUUUCGAGCGUUUCGUGGCCCGCGUCAGUCCAGAAGGCAGGCAGGUGGUGCGGUACGAGAAAGGAGGCAUUCCGAUUCCCUUUGUGGCUGCUGGGUCUGCGUACGACAAGUUGUGGCCCCGAGCGAAGUCGAAGAGCGGCGCAGAUAGGAGUGUCGCUGCCGCUGCGAGACCUUUCAACCCUUCUUCUGUACCUCCGUGUGAAGCUUGCGGCGGUGCGCGCGAUUUUGAGCUGCAGCUCAUGCCGAACCUCAUCAAUCUCCUGCGGCCUGAAAAUGUGGUCGACAGCGCAUCAGCAACUAGCGACGGUGAGGCGAAGGCCGCGCAGAAGCUGACGGUCGACCAAGCGCGGAGAAGAGACAUCGAACAAGCGCUGGGUCGCAAGUUGCAACUCCCACCAGAUGCAGAUGGAAUCACCAGAACGGCGCCUCAACUCUCUGAUGCGGAGCUGGAAGCGGAGAAGCUGGCCAUGCAAGCUAGAACUGGUUUAGGUUUCGCUACCGCAUUCAUCUUUACCUGUCAGAAAGACUGUUGUCUGCCCAGAUCUGAUGAGGCUGCCGCACAAGAAGAGACUUGGCGGGAAGAAUGGGUAGCCAUGCAGUGGGAGCAAUGA